AGAUCUGCUCGCCCCCCACCUCACCCCCCCAAGCGGAGACCGGUCUUCUUUUCGGAUUGCCCAUGCACUUGUUGCAGAGACAGCCAAGGUCCUGGCUCAGAAGGAUGCUGAAGGAGGAGGACCCGGAAGCAGGACGACCCUGAAAGACUGAGCCCCUUACCCUGAAACAGAACCAGGUCUCCUCUUCCCACCUGUCCAGCAGCAUGAGAACAGCAUGACUGGCCAGCCGCAGGAGAAGCCCCCAGAGCCAGACCCCCAACUUGGCCAUCUGCUGCGGAGGUCGAGGUGUGAGCAGCAUCCCUUCUCCAAGGUGGUGUUUGGUCCAUCCCUCAGCCUGGGUGAGGAUGUGAAAACCCCCACUCUGCACAUGAGUGGUACAGGCCAGCGGGGACACCUGGCUCCAGCCACCGGCACAGACAAGUCAGCCGUGGAGUAGUGUGAACGCUUCCUCUCAGCUUCUCAGGGUUUUCAAUCCUUUUUGGUUUGUUUCAUUUACUUUUUCUUAUAUGGUUUUCUGGCUGGACAUUCACGACCAAGGCCGGCACCAUGGGGGAUCAGCAACUGUACAAGACCAAUCACGUGGCCCACAGCAAUGAGAACCUCUUCUGCCAACAGCCCCCACUUGGCGUCCAUGGUGGCCUGAACCACAACUAUGGGAAUACAGUCACAGGGGGUGGGAUGGAUGCCCCUCAGGCCUCACCCAUCUCCCCCCACUUCCCUCAAGAUACUCGGGACGGCCUGGGAUUAUCUGUUGGUUCCAAAAACCUUGGCCAAGUAGAUACCUCGAGACAGGGAGGGUGGGGAGGCCAUUCUGGGCCCGGAAACCAUGUCCAGCUACGUGGUAACCUGGCCAACUCCAAUAUGAUGUGGGGGGCACCAGCCCAGGCUGAGCCCACUGAUGGUUACCAGUACACCUACUCUCAGGCCAGUGAGAUCCGGACCCAGAAGCUCACCAGUGGUGUCCUGCACAAACUGGACUCUUUCACCCAGGUGUUUGCCAACCAAAACCUGCGCAUUCAGGUCAACAAUAUGGCCCAGGUGCUGCACGCCCAGUCGGCAGUGAUGGAUGGGACCCCUGACAGUGCCCUCCGCCAACUGCUGUCUCAGAAGCCCAUGGAGCCCACCGCACCAGCUAUUCCUCCCCGCUACCAGCAGGUGCCCCAGCAGCCUCACCCUGGUUUCACUGGCGGACUGUCCAAACCAGCUCUUCAGGUUGGGCAGCACCCUCCCCAAGGGCACCUUUAUUAUGACUACCAGCAGCCACUGGCUCAGAUGCCAGUGCAGGGGGCACAGACGCUGCAGGCCCCUCCGAUGCUGUCACAGCACAUGCAACAGAUGCAGCAACACCAGUAUUACCCACAGCAGCAGCAGCAGCAGCAGCAGCAGCAGCAAGCUGGACAGCAGCACAUCUCCAUGCCAGAAAUGCAGCCGCCGCCGCAGCAACAGAUCCGCCCCUCCCAGCCCCAGCAGCAGCAGCCACAGCAGCUGCAGUUGCAGCAGAGGCAGGGUGCCAUGCAGAUACCUCAGUAUUAUCAGUCCCAACCCAUGAUGCAGCACUUGCAGGAGCAACAGCAACAGCAGAUUCACCUGCAGCCCACUUCUUAUCACAGGGACCCCCACCAGUAUACCCCGGAGCAGGCGCAUGCUGUCCAGCUGAUUCAGCUGGGCUCCGUGCCCCAGUACUACUACCAAGAGCCUCAGCAACCCUACAGUCACCCCCUCUACCAGCAGAGCCAACUGCCUCAGCACCAGCAGCGUGAGGACAGUCAGCCGAAGACUUACCCUAGUGACAGGCAGGCCCAGACCCUGCUGAGCUCCCACGGGGACUUGGGACCUCCAGAUACAGGAAUGGGGGACCCAGCAAGCUCAGACCUGAACCGGGUCAGCAGUGCCCUCCCCCAUCGGCCACUCCUCUCCCCCAGUGGGGUCCACCUCAACAACAUGGGGCCUCAGCACCAGCAGCUGUCCCCCAGUGCCAUGUGGCCCCAGAUGCAUCUACCUGAUGGCCGAGCCCAGCCAGGAUCCCCUGAGUCAAGUGGCCAAGCCAAAGGAGUGUUUGGGGAGCAGUUUGAUGCCAAGAACAAGCUAACAUGCUCCAUCUGCCUGAAGGAGUUCAAGAGCCUGCCUGCCCUGAAUGGCCACAUGCGGUCCCAUGGGGGAAUGAGAGCCUCCCCCAGCCUCAAACAGGAGGAAGGAGAGAAGGCCCCGCCGCCUCAGCCUCCGCCCCAGCCGCCACUGCCGCCUCCGCCUCCACCUCCGCCUCCGCAGCAGCUCCCUCCCGAGGCAGAUAGCCUCACGCCUAUGGUCAUGCCCGUGUCUGUCCCUGUCAAGCUUCUCCCGCCCAAGCCCAGCUCACAGGGGUUCGCCAACAGCGUCGGUGCUGCCCCCUCGGCCAGAGACAAGCCAGCCAGCUCGGUGUCGGACGACGAGAUGCCAGUGCUCGAAAUUCCCAGGAAACAUCAGCCGAGCGUGCCCAAAGCUGAGGAACCCCUCAAGACUGUACAGGAGAAGAAAAAGUUCCGGCACCGUCCAGAACCGCUCUUCAUCCCACCACCGCCCUCCUACGCCUUGAACCCCGCCUCCUCCUACUCCGGUGCCACCCUGUACCAGAGUCAGCUGCGCUCCCCACGAGUACUUGGGGACCACUUGCUCCUGGACCCUACCCACGAGCUACCCCCCUACACGCCCCCGCCCAUGCUUAGCCCGGUCCGCCAGGGCUCAGGGCUCUUCAGCAAUGUUCUCAUCUCUGGCCAUGGCCCUGGUGCCCACCCGCAGCUGCCCCUCACACCCCUGACUCCCACACCGCGAGUGCUGCUCUGCCGCUCCAGUAGCAUCGAUGGCAACAAUGUGACAGUCACCCCAGGCCCUGGGGAGCAGACCGUGGAUGUUGAACCACGCAUCAACAUUGGCUUAAGAUUCCAAGCAGAGAUCCCAGAACUCCAGGACACCUCUGCCCUGGCCCACGACACACACAAAGCCACAUUGGUAUGGAAGCCCUGGCCAGAGCUGGAAAACCACGACCUCCAGCAAAGAGUGGAGAAUCUCUUGAAUUUAUGCUGUUCAAGUGCAUUGCCAGGUGGAGGAACCAAUUCUGAAUUUGCUUUGCACUCUCUCUUCGAGGCCAAAGGUGAUGUGAUGGCUGCUCUGGAAACGCUGCUGCUGCGGAAGCCAGUCAGGUUAAAAUAUCAUCCUUUAGCAAAUUACCACUAUGCCGGUUCGGACAAGUGGACCUCUCUAGAAAGAAAACUGUUUAACAAAGCACUAGCCACUUACAGCAAGGACUUCAUUUUUAUACAGAAGAUGGUGAAGUCUAAGACAGUGGCUCAGUGUGUGGAGUACUACUACACAUGGAAAAAAAUCAUGCGGUUAGGGCGGAAACACCGGACACGCCUUACGGAGAUCAUAGACGACUGCGUGACAAGUGAAGAGGAAGAAGAGGUAGAGGAAGAGGAGGAAGACCUGGAAGAAGAUAGGAAGUCCACAAAAGAAGAGGAGAGUGAAGCCCCGAAGUCUCCAGAGCCGCCUCCACCAGUCCCUGCCUUGGCUCCCUCUGAGGGACCACCCCUGCAGGCCCUGGGCCAGCCCUCAGGCUCCUUCAUCUGUGAAAUGCCCAACUGUGGGGCUGUGUUCAGCUCCCGACAGGCACUGAACGGCCACGCCCGCAUCCACGGUGGCACCAACCAGGUGGCCAAAGCCCGGGCUGCUGUCCCCUCUGGGAAACAGAAGCCUAGCAGUGCCCAGAGCGGGUACUGCUCAGUGAAGAGCUCGCCCUCCCAUAGUACUACCAGCGGCGAGACCGACCCCACCACCAUCUUCCCCUGCAAGGAGUGUGGCAAGGUCUUCUUCAAGAUCAAAAGUCGAAAUGCACACAUGAAAACCCACAGGCAACAGGAGGAACAACAGAGGCAAAAGGCUCAGAAAGCGGCUUUUGCAGCUGAAAUGGCAGCCACCAUUGACAGGACUACAGGGCCGGUGGGGACACCGGGGCUGCUGCCCUUGGACCAGCUGAGCUUGAUCAAGCCCAUCAAGGACGUGGACAUCCUCGAUGACGACGUGGUCCAGCAGUUAGGAGGCGUCAUGGAAGAGGCUGAGGUGGUGGAUACCGACCUCCUCCUGGAUGAUCAAGAUUCAGUUUUGCUUCAGGGGGACACAGAACUAUAAAGCCCCUGCCGCUUAGAGACAGUGGAAUCCAUGGCCUCCGUCUUCAUUAAUCAGGAAAUCUGGGACUGCCUGCUUGUUUUGUAACCAUUUUAAACUACCUGUUUAAAAAGUGGUCAUUUUAUUCAGGUUUGGGGAGGGGGGCGAUUCGUUUGAUUUUCCUUUUAUUUAAAACAACAAAAAAAAAUUUGUUUGGUUGGGAUGGGGGGUGGUUGGGGGGAAUAAAUAAUUGGCACAA